CGCCCAGCAGCAGGGCCCGCCGGCGGGUCGAGGCCGGCCGCCAGCCGUACGUUGAGCCCUUCCCGCCCUUCAACCCACCACGAGGAACACGCGGAGGAUGAGGAGGAAGGUUGCGUUCAGCCCGAGGGGCUGCCGAGGGCCAGCGGGGCGGUCUGCGCCACCGCGCUGACAGGAGCCAGGUGGCACACAGGACGUGGUGGGCAUCCUCUGCCUGGUUUCUGUGGCUGCCGCGCUGGAUUUCAAGUACCACCACGCCGAGGAGCUGGAGGCGUACUUGAAGGGGGUUCAUGCCGCCUACCCCUCCCUCACGCACUUGCACAGCAUCGGGCGCUCGGUGGAAGACUGUUGGGAGAGAAAUCCUGCUCCAUUUGAUAGACUUCCUGGUGACCAGCUACAGACGUGACCCAGUUAUUACCCGAUUGCUCAAUAAUACCCGGAUCCAUAUCAUGCCAACAAUGAAUCCUGACGGAUUUGAAGCUACAAAAGUACCUGAUUGUUUUUACACACGAGGAAGGUACAAUAAGAACGGAGAAGAUCUGAACAGAAAUUUCCCUGAUGCCUUUGAAAGUAACAGUGCUGACAUUCAGCCAGAGACUCAAGCAGUAAUGAACUGGAUAAAAAAUGAAACAUUUGUUCUUUCGGCAAACUUGCAUGGGGGUGCCCUGGUUGCCAGUUACACCUUUGAUAAUGGUAACACAGUUACUGGCACUUUGAAGGGCUAUAGCAGAUCUCCAGAUGAUGAUGUGUUUAUUCACCUGGCAAAAACUUAUUCUUUCAACCAUGCCAGCAUGUACAAGGGGACUGGGUGUGACAGCAGGCAAACCUUUCCAGAAGGCAUUACCAACGGGUAUUCUUGGUACCAGCUGGAAGGUGGAAUGCAAGAUUACAACUAUGUCUGGGGACAAUGUUUUGAAAUUACAUUGGAGCUGUCAUGCUGUAAAUAUCCUCCAGAAGACCAGCUGGAAAAGUUCUGGCAAGACAACAAGGUUGCUCUGAUCGAAUACAUAAAACAAGUACACCUAGGUGUCAAGGGCCAGGUUACGGAUAAGAACGGGAAUCCUAUUCCCAACGCCAUCGUGGAAGCCCAAGGAAGGCCGCACAUCUGCCCCUACAGAACAAACGAACAAGGGGAGUACUUCCUUCUCCUUUUGCCUGGGACCUACGUCAUCAACGCUACUGUACCAGGAUUUAAAUCGAUGCUGGAGACAGUGGAAAUACCUGACAACACUGGGAACUUCAGUGCUUUGAAACAUGACUUCACUUUCUCAGAAGCCCCUAUCGGAUCAAGAGCUGCUUCAUGCCCCAAAACUCCACUCUACCAGGAGCUCCAGCGGGCUUCAGCUGCAGCAAAACCAACUCUACAUAUCUGGGGCUUAAUGACCGUUAUGCUUGUGAUUUUCAAAUAAAGUCAGGAAUGACACAAGAAGGCAAGGGAAACAUCUUCCUGCACAAAUGUGGCUUUUCUGGCAAGGAAUUGUACAUGCAAAAGAGUGUCUGUUUUUGUAAAAUACGGGCUUGACAAGCAAUUUUUGAUAGAAUAUCAUAUUUUUCUACAUCAGUAUUACAUGCUAAAGAAAUUCUGUACAGCCCGGGGAGGUAACUGUAGAAUUUUGAUGCAGAAAGUGCAAAUACAUUCUGAAGUUGCUCAAGUUAAAAAAAAAAAAAAAAGUCUAGGAUUGUACUGCAAAUGUUUCAUGCCAACCCAGGUUCCUCGUUGAACCCACAGCUGAUGUGCCACACGGGUUAGCUCAAGCCUAAGUUCUCAUAAUAAAGCCACUGCUAUGAGUGAGAAAUAGCAUUUUUACGUACGUUCUUUCUUAUGUGGGCAGCUGAAACCAGGUAUGGCUCAGUCACAAAGACGUGGUGUAAGACAAGAAGAUGGCAGCGAAGCACCCAGGGGCCACACUGCUGGAAGCUUGAUGAUAAUCAUCUGUGCCAUCGGGCAAGAGAGUAACUCCGGUCUCUGGAAACUGCUCCUCUAAGGCAAAGCUAUUAAAAACAUGGAAACCGUCCUUGACAGCUUUAUCCUGUCGGCGCUGUCCAUUUUUUACUGAAUUUGGUGUGGAGCAGAACCACGUACGGCUUAGAAUUUUUAAAUCCAACUAGUUUUAGCCAUGGCGUCAGUGUGUUUAGGCACGCAUCACAGCCCUGCGACUACACACGCUGUCUGGGCCGCGUCUAACAGGCCCGCGUGAGGCUGGCGGGCAGGCACAGCAGGGCGCAGACCCCGUCCUGUCAGAGGUGGAUUUCAGGCGUGGCUGCUCUACCGGUGUC